UGACGACAAGCUCCUCAUCAAACAGCGUCCGGGCUUGCAACUGCAGCAAGCGACACGGUCAGAGAAAUCGAGGAGAUAGCUGUAAUUUCAUCUGCGGUGAUCAUGCAGGAUAACAGGAAUGGGAUGAUUCCGUUCCCACCCCCCAUCAGCAGAGACAGGGUAAUCGGGGAAUUCCCAAAGUGCUACACACCUAAUGCCUCUCUGCAGCUGAAGACAGACUGGGACGUUCAGACUAAAGCAGCCUGUAAAGACGGAGCAGCCAGGCAUCAGCCGUGGGACCGACAGAAAAUGUCAAAAGUGGUGGUUGUUGGAGACCUUAAUGUGGGGAAGACGUGUCUCAUUAAUAGGUUUUGUAAAGAUGUGUUUGAGAGAGACUACAAGGCCACCAUAGGUGUAGACUUUGAGAUUGAGAGGUUUGAGAUAUCUGGAGUACCCUUCUCCCUACAGAUCUGGGACACUGCUGGGCAGGAAAAAUUCAAGUGCAUCGCUUGUGCAUACUACAGAGGCGCUCAAGUCAUUAUCACAGUCUUUGACAUGGCAGACAUUAAGUCCCUGGAUCAUACAUGCCAAUGGCUGGAGGAGGCCAUGAAAGAAAAUGAACCUGACUCCUGUUUCAUCUUCUUGGUUGGCACUAAAAGUGACCUGCUGCCCUUAGAAGAAAGACAGAGGACAGAAAAAGAUGCUGCCAGGAUAGCAACAGAAAUGCAUGCAGAGUUUUGGGCUGUUUCUGCUAAAACAGGGGAGAAUGUGCAGGGAUUUUUCUUCAGGGUGGCAGCUUUGGCCUUUGAGAAGUGUGUACUAAAAGACAUGGAGAAUGGAGUCCCUGCUAGCAUUGGACGUGGAGGAGAUAGUAUUAAAUCAGAUCGUGCCAACCUGGAGGAGGCAGCACCCCAAGACACGAAGAGAAGCUGCUGCUCAUGAAAAGAGGAACUCUUAACGUGAUCUGUUAAGGAGCAGAACCAGAUGGAGGCUCUAUUCUGAGCCUUACCUGCAGAAAUAAAAGUGGCCUUGUUCCACUGGUGUGAAAUGUGCCUUAGGACAUGUUCCAUUAGGUUCCCAAAGGGACAGUUCACCCCAAAAUCAAGUUGCCAAGUGUUGGAGAUUUUGGCUGUAGAGAUGUCUGCCUUCUCUCCAGUAUAAUGGAACUAGAUGGCACUAAGCUUGUGGUGCUCAAAGUGAGAAAAAAAAAAAAAUUGCAAAACUUAAAAGCAAUGUCUCUUUCCAGAAAUCAUGACUCAAUAUGAUCUACAGACCUUGUUGUUAGCAGUUUUAUGUAGGAGCUAUUUUCUUUCUAACAAACUACACCCGCCAACUGUAUCACCGCACAGAAGGAAUUCCUCUGCUGAGAACAAUGCCAGCUCUCCAGAGCUAGCUGACGGUACAGCUCAGCCGACGAGAAUGACAUUAAUAUUUACAUCUCACACUGUCAUUAGCUUGAGACUCUCGUUCAUGAGGAGAUGCCCGCUUCCUUCUGCACAGUGAUAUGGUUUAGGGAUAUAGUUCGGUAGAAAGAAAAUAGUUUCUACAUGAAACUGCACACAAAUGGAUACAGCGUUGAACGUGGAGCCCUGUUCAUUCCUAUGAAAGUUUCUCAGUGGCACAUGAAGCCAAAAUGGCCCAACUGCCGGGUAUGAAAUUACCCGGUUGAUCUAGGGAUAAUAAACAUUGCUUCCGCACUGCGCAGCCCAUAGAACAGGGGAACCAGAGACUUACAGUGGCUGAGCGCGGCCAAGUGGCUAUCUUCAGGUUUAGUGCUAACUUGAAUGGGGAUAAAAUUGUUUUAUCGUGCAGCUCUUUUAGACUUUUGCAGUGUUAUCAGACAGAAUGGAUCAAAUCUUGAUAGUGAAACGAGUCAUUUCACGGGGGUUGUGACGUUCAAAAAAAUUUAUCCACUGAGACGUCUCUUUUGCCAUGUAAGUCAGUAAGAAAAAGUCAUUUUGGGCCACAGGGCAUCUCAUGAUGAUGUAAUUACACCAUUUGGCCACUAUGAAAAUUGGCUUCAAAGCCUGCCGCACUUCCUGGGGGCCUGCUCACAACAAGGUCAGUGGAUUAUCUUGAGUAAUAUUGUGGAGAAGGCAGACAUCUCUACAGCCAAUAUCUUCAGUACUCAACAACUCACACCAAAUCUGGAUUGACAAACAGCAGGUAGGAGGAAAAAUAUGUAUUUUUGCUUUUGGGGUGAAUUGUCCUUACAAGUCAUCAACACUGCCAUGUAUUCUGACAUCUUCAAAAGGCUCAAUCAGUAUGCGCUUCUGAAAGACAACUGUUAUAGGACUGAAACUGACAAUAAUGGACCCUCUUUGCUGAUACUAAGUCUUGUAUAUUUGACCAUUUUUAUGUGAUAGUUGUCAGUAUUUCAUCCAGAAUAUCAUUUAGACAAUGGACGAUAGAUAAAAUACUAUACCUUGGCAAUAACAAACAAUCAUAACAUAUAACAAAUCAUAUGACACUCAUUUGGAUACUUUGGAUUUUUUUUUUGCUACUGUCGUAGUGUUUGUUUGUGUCAUACAGUAUUGUUGUGAAAUAUGUCUCACCCAGUAUAGUGGGUGAUAAAGGUUUAAUGAAAGUUUACAGGCUGGAAUUAUGGAGCAAGGUAACUAAAGGAUUAUGUUUACUUUAAAGUUAUAAAAGUCUAAAUGAGUCUACUCUUUACUCAAUAUAUAUAAUGGGCACAACAUUAUAAUGUAAUUUAUCAAAGUAAUACCUGAUUCAUUGGAACAAUAGCUGGCGAUAACAGCUGUGCAUUUAUGAAACCAGUAUUGUUGUCAAAGUCUCAUUAUUAUUUAAUAAAGUGGUUU